AUGGCGUGGCACGCUCGGUCAUCGUGCGACCCGUCUCCCGCGGCGUGGACCACCGGCAGCGACGCGACCGGCCUUGUGACCGGCGGGCCGCGCAUGGCGCUCGAAGAGGGCGAGGGCGACGAGGGGGAGGAGAUAGCGGACGGGUGGGCGCUGGGGGACGGCGGCUGGGGGGAUGAGGAGGCGCAGGGGGAGGCGGACGUCGAGGAGCGCGCGGAGGGCAGGAGCCUGGCGGAGGAGGGCGCGGAGGAGGAAAGCGCGGCGGAAGAGAUGGAGGGAGAGAUGGCAGAGGGUGAGGGGGAAGGGGAGGAGGAGGAAGAGGGGCGCAUGCUGGCUGAGGGCGACUGGGAGGAGGAAAGCGAGGCGAGCGAGGUGGGAGAGGAGGAGGAGAGCGAGGAAAGCGAGGAGGGCGAGGAGGGAAGGAUGCUUGCAGAGGCGGAGGAGGCGGAGGAGGCGGAGGAGGAGGGGAGAGCUCUUGUGGAGGACAGCGAGAGCGAGGAGGAAGCAGGUGGAAUGGAUGGUGAUGCGGACGAGGGGGGUGAUGAGGCUGACGGACUUGAGAUGCCCAGGGAGCUUCAGGAGGAGGAGGAGGGGAUGGAGAGUGACGAGGAGGAGGCGGUUGAGGAUGAAGAGGGGGAUGAGGAGGAAGGGAUUGAGUUUCCACGUAAGCUGGCUGACGAGGACGAGAAGAAGGGCGAGGAGAAGGGGGAGAAGAAGAAGGAGGAGAAGAAGAGCGAGGAGAAGGGGGAGAAGAAGGAGGAGAAGAAGGAGGAGAAGAAGAAGAAGGAGGAGAAGAAGCCGGGGGUGCUGAAGAGGACGGCGAAUGCGAUCAAGAGCUUCUUCAGGAACAUUCGUGAUCGCAUCACUGGCAAGAACAAGAAGCCCGACAACAGCCCCCGCAAGGCAGGCCCCUCCGAUGCCAAGGAUGCCAAGGCCUAG